CUCGACUCCUCCCCCCGCGCCCCGCCCCCUCCGCCCCGCUACAACCACCGCCGCUUCACUCGCGCGGUGUCAGUCCGCGCCCGCCCGUUCGCCGCCGCCACUUCACCAGAGACUUCCGCGCCGUCAACAUGUCCCAGGAGAAGUUUGACCAAGCUGCCGCCGAUGUCAAGAAUCUGAAGACCAAACCGUCUGACAACGAGAUGCUGGAAGUGUACGCCCUGUUCAAGCAAGUCACGGUGGGGGACAACACGACUGACUCUCCAGGCAUGCUCGACUUUAAAGGAAAGGCCAAAUGGAAUGCGUGGAACUCCAAGAAAGGCAAAAGCAAGGAGGAUGCCAUAGCAGCAUACAUUGCGCUGGUGGAAGAACUCAAGGUGAAAUACGGAUAUUAGUAAAGUCCUGUCGAUAGUGUGAGCCCACUCAUCCACCCACACACCUUACUACUAUAUGCUGGUGACUUUUGAGCCAAUCAUGAACUUUAAAUAUCAAUAACAUUUGUCGUGCUUUUCAUUUCGAUGUAAGUUGUUUUUUUAUUAUUGUGAUGUAACAUCUAAUAAAAGUCACUAAAACCUA